CUCUCUCUGCCACACUGCCACUCUUCCACACACUCUCUCUUUCUUUCUCCUCCCCGGUCACUUCCCCUGGCCUCAGCUAUCCUCCCCAGCUGUACAUAACCCCUUUCGCUCGCUCCUCGUCAACGUAUAUACACACCUCAAUCAUUCAAUCACCUCACCAUGGCCCUCCCGAUGUCCAUACGUCCAACAACCCGCCAUGCCUCCCGGCUGGCCCAGUCUCUCCGUACCAGCCGGUCCUACAGCACCGAACCCGAUCUCAAAACCACCCUCAAAUCCGUUAUACCCGACAAACGUGAGCUCUUCCAAGAAGUAAAAGCCCGCAGCGAUACCGUCGUCGGCGAGGUCAAGAUUGGCAGCAUAAUCGGUGGUAUGCGCGGCCUCAAAUCCAUGCUCUGGGAGGGUUCCGUCCUCGACCCGGAAGAAGGCAUCCGCUUCCACGGCAAGACAAUCAAGGACUGCCAACGGGAACUCCCCAAGGGCACCACGGGCACCGAAAUGCUCCCUGAAGCCAUGUUCUGGUUGCUCCUGACCGGCCAGGUCCCUACCACUAGCCAAGUGCGGGCGUUCUCGCGCGAACUCGCCGAAAAGUCCCAUCUCCCAGACCACAUCCUCGGACUCAUCAAGUCCUUCCCGCGCAACAUGCAUCCCAUGACCCAGCUGUCCAUCGCCGUCGCAGCCCUCAACACCGAAUCGGCAUUCGCCAAGGCCUACGAGCGCGGCCUCAACAAGGCAGAAUACUGGGAACCGACCUUCGACGACAGCAUCUCACUCCUGGCUAAGAUCCCUCGCGUCGCAGCAUUAGUCUUCAGACCAGACGAGGUCGACAUCGUCGGGAGACAGACCCUCGACGCGACACAAGAUUGGUCCCACAACUUCGCCGAACUCCUAGGCAAGGGCGGCUCCGAACACGCCGACUUCCACGACCUCCUCCGUCUAUACCUCGCCCUACACGGCGACCACGAAGGCGGCAACGUCUCCGCCCACGCCACCCACCUCGUCGGCAGCGCCCUCAGCGACCCCUUCCUCAGCUACAGUGCGGGACUUCUCGGCCUCGCAGGGCCCCUCCACGGCCUCGCCGCGCAGGAAGUUCUACGCUGGAUCCUCGCCAUGCAAGAGAAAAUCGGCACCCAGCUCACCGACGACUCAGUGCGCACCUACCUCUGGGAUACGUUGAAAUCCGGCCGUGUCGUCCCAGGCUACGGCCACGGAGUGCUGCGCAAGCCCGACCCGCGCUUCGAAGCCUUAAUGGACUUUGCCGCGACAAGAGAAGACGUCCUCGCCAACCCGGUCUUCCAACUCGUGAAGAAGAACUCGGAAAUUGCCCCCGCAGUACUCACCGAACAUGGAAAGACGAAAAACCCCCACCCCAACGUCGACGCCGCCUCCGGCGUCCUCUUCUACCACUACGGCUUCCAGCAGCCGCUAUACUACACCGUGACGUUCGGAGUCAGUCGGGCGCUGGGCCCCUUGGUACAGUUGAUUUGGGAUCGGGCAUUGGGACUGCCAAUUGAGAGACCGAAGAGUAUUAAUUUGCUGGGAUUGAGAAAGUAGAUUGGCUUCCUUUCCCCUUUUGUGGAUACUUGGAUUUUUCUAUUUUUCGCUAUACCAUCUGAGGCUGUCUUCAGCUCGCAUAUAUGCGUUGAUAUCAUUUGGAUGAUUUAUCACGGUCAUUUGAGAUCAGUUGAGA